UCAACACUUUGUUUAUUUUAUGACAUAGAGGUUAUGUGUAAAAAAGUGUAUAUUUGAAUUGAAGUACAUGUAUGAAUAAUGUCCCUGCUAGAGGAUGUGUUCUUGGAGGACGAGGCAGGUGAAGCUCAAGAGCUUGAGCGAGUGAUCGAAGGUGACGAGCUGGAGGACAGACCACGGUCCCCUGACAGUAAUGAAAAUAGCGAAAAAGAAGAUGAGGCUGAGGAAGACAAGAGAGUAGUAGAUCACACAGCCAAAGCUAAAAAGGCUGUGAAGAAUCCCCGUUUUGUUCUGAAUCCGGCAAGGCUUACUGGCCCAAGGGGAAUACAGAUAUUACCUGAACAUUUCAAAGAUUUCAAAUUUAAAGGAAAAGGCCAUGAGAAAGAAGAUUUAGAUCUCAUUCUAAAGAAACUAGAACACUGGGCCUACAGACUGUACCCUAAGUUCAAGUUUGAUGACUGCCUCAAGAAGAUUGAGACUCUUGGGAAGAAGAGACCAGUCAUGGUCCACCUCCACAAAAUCCGUACAGACCAGUUUCUCUCCGAGGAAACAGUACAGCAGCAGGAUUCAAGCGGAGAUGAGGCAGCUCCACCGCAAGAAGAGGAUGAGUUUGACCGCUUGCUGCAGCAACAGAUAGAGCUGGCACGGUCCACACCUGCACCAGGGUCGGCUAGGAAGGAGAUGCAUACUCCAAUGUCUGACCAUAGGUCACCCCUUAUGUUACCUAAAGUAACAUCGUCACCAUCCAUUAGCGACGAACAAAAGGAACGAAUGAUGAGGAACAGGAGACUAGCUGAGGAAAGGCGACUAGCAAGACUCAAUCAAUCUAAUAAUUCUAACCAGAAUGCUAACCUUUCUACUGAAACCAUUCCAGAAAGAACUGAGGAAACAAAUACAGAUAAUAUUGCUGUCAAUAACGGAGAAAAAAUAAAAGUUAAUACAGAAAAUGAUGUCACAGAAAACAAUGAUGAAAUGGACAUUGAACAUGGGGUAAAGAAACACAAUAGGACUAAUGUUAUUGACAGUGACAGUUCUGAUGAUGAAAACGUUUUAGCAGUAAAUGAAUCCAUCGCUGUUGAUGUCCAUACACCAGUUGUAAAAGAUGUUGCAAAUACUGAUGAAAAUAAUUCUGAUAAGCAGAAUUUAGUUGAAGAAGCUUUAGAAUCUGAUCAAAUUGGAAUUUCUGCAGAUGUUACAACUGAUAAUUGUGACUCUAAUGAAAACAGUAAGGAGAUAGAAACUGAUGUAACUGAAAUAAAUUCAUCCAAUACUAUGAACACAAUAGAAGAUAAAUCUAAUUCUGAAAUAACAGAAGUUGUAUCUGAUAAUAUUAUUGUAAAAGAAAAUGAUAUACCUCCAAGCAUAAUUAAUGAACCAGAAAACGGAGAAAAAGAUGGUGAUCCAUUGACAGAGGAGUUAAUGGAUGUCGAUUUCACUGAUGAUUUCUAAAUAAAAAUCAAAGGAU